UUAAGAUUAGCAUCUGAUGGAGUAAUCUCGUACCAAACCAAAAAAAAAACAGACAGAAUCAAUCGAUCGAUCUAACAAUGGAAGUAGGAGCUUCGUCAUCGUCUUCUCCUACCAGACGCAAGAUCGAGUAUGAUGUUUUCAUCAGUUUUAGAGGCGAGGAUACUCGCUACGCUUUCACAGCCCAUCUUUUUGAGGCUCUGCGCAUCAGAAAAGUGCACACCUACUUAGACGAGGUCACUCUCAAGAGAGGAGACGAAAUCUCACCUGCGCUACUUCAAGCAAUUCAGCAAUCCAAGAUUUCUGUCAUCGUUUUCUCGGAAAAUUACGCCGACUCCUCGUGGUGUUUGGACGAGCUUGUGAAAAUUAUGGAGUGCAAGGAGAUUCAUGGGCAGCAAGUGGUUCCCAUUUUUUACCACGUUGAUCCUUCGUGUGUGAGGAAUCAAAAGGGGCCUUAUGAGCUUGAAGAGCGAUUUAAAGAUAAGAAGAUGGAGAAGUUGGAGAUUCAUGGGCAGGCAUGGAGGAAUGCUUUGACCAAAGCUGCCAAUUUGUCUGGUUGGAGUACUCAGCAGAUCAGGUCUGAAUCCCAAUGGAUGAAAACAAUUGUUGAAGAUAUUAUCAAGAGAUUGAGGUCAAUGUCUUCUUCAAGUGCUUCUUUGAAGGAGCUAGCUGGAAUACAAAGACGCAUGAACCAAGUUGAAUCAAUGUUGUGCCUAAACUCAUCCAGUGAUCGGGUGAUAGUAGUAGGCCUUUGGGGGAUGGGGGGUAUAGGCAAGACAACCCUUGCUCGGGCUGUGUUUGACAAGAUUUCUCAUCACUUUGAAGGUUGUUGCUUUCUUUCAAAUGUCAGAGAAAAAUGGGACAAUGGACGAAAUAAGUAUGAUCUACAGAAUCAGCUUUUCUGGGAAUUAUUGGAUGAAGAAACUAAUAAUACGAAAAUGAUGUCCUCUUUUGACAAAAAUAGACUCCACUCCAAGAAGGUUCUCAUAGUUCUUGAUGAUGCCAAUGAUCCAGAGCAAUUAGAAUUUUUGGCUGGAGAUGGUAAAUGGUUUGAGUUGGGGAGUAGAAUCAUCAUAACAACAAGAGAUGUGCAAUUGCUUAAGAAUCGAGUUGAUCAUGAGAUAUACAAAGUUGAGGAAUUAAGUUUUGAUGAAGCUUUCCAACAUUUUCAAAAGAUUGCUUCAACAAGAAACAUUCCAAUAGGAGAGUUUACAGAACUAUCAAGAAGGGCAGUAGAGUAUGCAGGAGGCAUUCCACUAGUUCUUCAAGUAUUGAUGGGUUCCCUAUUUAGUGAUAAUAACAAAGGGAGAUGGGAAAGUGUACUGGAUGACUUAAAAUAUUCUCCCAAUGAAAAAAUUCAUAAUGGGCUGAAGAUUAGUUACGAUGUCUAACUAGUAAAGAAAAAGAUGUCUUUCUUGAUAUUGCAUGCUUUUUCAAAGGAGAUGAGAGAAGUGAUGCAGAAAGAAUACUAAAAGGUAGUGAUUCCUUUGUUGGCAUGAGAAUAAAUAAUUUGGUUGGGAAGUCUAUCAUAACUAUUGACAAAGACAACCAUUCGCUUUUAAUGCAUGAUUUGGUGCAAGAAAUGUGUUGGAAAAUUGUUAACCAACAAUCCAUUAACAAGCCUGGAAAGCGUAGUAGAUUGUGGAAACAUCAAGAUGAUUAUCGUGUCCUCAAAAAUAAUAAAGUAUCGGCUCAAGUUGAAGGAAUAUUCUUGGUCAUCUCUAAGAUUAAAACAUUCAACUUCAGCUCUGAUGUAUUCCAGAAGGCAGACAAUCUCAGAUUGCUCAAAAUUCAUAGUUCUGACAGAAUCAACAAUGCUAAAUUAUGUUUCGGUCAAGGUCUUCAAUCUCUUCCUGAUGCACUUAGGCUUCUUUAUUGGGAAGAAUGUCCACUCAAAACUUUGCCAUUAACUUUUGAUCCUGAAAAGCUUGUUGAACUUAGAAUGCCAAAGAGUCAAGUUGAGCAACUUUGGAAUGGGAUUCAGUUCUAUGAUAGCUGUGUUUGUAUUUGCUAUCCGGACAACGAAAUUCCAGAGUGGGUCAACUAUAUUACAGCUUGUUCAGAGGUUGUCCCACUUCCUUCGAAUUGGAACAAUUCGAACUUCUUGGGUUUUGCUCUAUGCUUUGUUGCACAAUUUGACCAGUACAAUCUCUUUAAUCAAGGUUUAAGAUUUCUUAUUGAGUUUCAAAUGAAGACCAAGUCAGGUAAAUGUCACAAAUGCAGUUUUUUUGAGAAGAUAGUUCCUGAUUGUGAUGAUGAUGACGAAAGAUUUCUUGCUUGUCACACACCUUUUGAGCUUAAUUUAGAUCAUGUAUUCAUGUUGUAUGAGUCUGAAAUCUUUUUUGCUUAUCAAGAAAUAGAAGAAGCUGAUCAUAUUACUGAAGUCUCAUUUUCAAUCUGUCCAGUAGGUGUAGAUAAAGUAACACCCAUUCACUUGUGUAGAGUGAAAACAUGUGGCUUCCGUUUGUUGUAUCUUGAAGAAGUUAGGGAAUUUAGUCUCCUGACUGAUUCUGAUGAUGAUAAUGAAUUAUGACUCCCUGAAGAAGAAGAUCAUGUUGAAUAUAAAUGUAAAAGAAGAAUAAUAAUAAUAAGAUGAUGAUGAUAAUUCUACAGAUUUGUCUGAAUUAUCUAACUCCCCUGCAGAAGAAGGUCCUCCUCUUAGCUUAAACUGGUCUGAGCCAAGUUGAUGCCUUGUAACAGUGUCUCUUCUGAUGCAAACGAACACGACCAAGAACCAACUGGAAGUGAAAUACAACCCUCCUAUGCUGCAAAAGAUCUUGUAGAAGAUGUCAAACCAAGCCAAAGUGGACUAUGGACUCUACUGAAACUAACAAUGAGGGAUCUAACUUCUUUUUCAAAUAGUUGCUUAUUGUUUCACUCCCAUAUUAAAGGUAAAAUUAUUAUUCACAAUCUUAUAUCACUUUUUUCUUUUUCCAUUUUUGAUUUUAAUGAAAUAUGGAUGCUGUACAAAAUCCUCGAUAUAAUAACAUGAAGUUGCGAUCAAUUUGAUUGGUCUGCAACCAAGCCAUGCCAACUGGGAACUUGUUUGUUUGAA